AUGUAAUUGGAUUUGAUUCAAUUAAGUGAAAAAUGAAAAUCAGAUUUGAAUAUUAAGUAAAAAGGCAAAACUAAUAAAUUAUAUAAAAACCAAUAAGGAUAUAUUCACAUUAUUAUUAUUAGAGCAAAAAGUAAGGAAGCACUGUUGGUAAAAUUUGAUGAUGAUAUCGUAAAAGUACGACUAAUUUUGAGUUUUUAUGUUAAUGUCUAAAAGAAAAUAGGUCCCAUUUGGCACAGAAUAUUUUAUAUUUCAAAUUUCAAUAAACAAAGUUUUAGACAUAGAAUCAACUUUAAUAGGACAGUGAUAUUAAUUAUAAAACUACUAUAUCAAGAUAAUUAGGAAAAUCUUAAUUAAUUAUCUUGUGAGAAAACAACAGUGGAAGAUAAAUUUAUUUCUACAAAAUAAUAAAACUCAAACAAUAAUAAAAAUGGAUAUAGAUGAUUAUAGA